AUGAAUAAAUCAACACCUCUUAAAAAAAUUAUUUUUAUUAGUAUUAUGUCAACAAAGUUUCGCAAAAACAAAAAAGCACUGUUGAGUUAUCGCUGGGUUCAACAAAGUCUCGCGAUGUUUCAGUAUCGGAGAGCAUAGUGGCAACGAGAACGAGAACUGGCGUGGGACUGAGCGAAGAGAGUUGUUAUCGAGGAAGAGGGAGGACAGACAGCGGCAGGAGCUAGAGCCGGGGGUGUGCACGCGCGCGUGUGUGUUUGAGUGUGUUUGUGAGGUCUCCCCCCCCCCCCAAAAAAGGAGCACAACACGGCGUGAAUGAAAGAGGCAAGCUGGCGGACUUCAACAUGGCAUCCGGCGACACGCUGUACAUCGAGACAGACGGCUCGGAGAUGCCGGCCGAGAUCGUGGAGCUUCACGAGAUAGAGGUGGAAACGAUACCCGUGGAGACCAUCGAGACCACGGUGGUCGGUGGGGACGACGACGACGAUGAAGACGACGACGACGACGAUGAAGACGACGACGAGGAGGACGAUGAUGACGACGACGGGCAGCCCAUGAUCGCGCUACAGCCGCUGGUCUCGGACGACCCCAACUCGAUCCACCACCACCAUCACCACCACCACCACCAAGAGGUGAUCCUGGUCCAGACCCGGGAGGAGGUGGUCGGCGGGGAUGACUCGGACAUGCACACGGACGGCGGGAGCGGGUUCGAGGACCAGAUCCUCAUCCCGGUGCCGGCUCCCGGGGUGGAGGACGAGUACAUCGAACAGACUCUGGUGACCGUGGCGGGGAAAAGCUCCGUGGGUCGGAUGAGACGCGCGGGCGGCACCGGGGGCAAGAAAGCGGGCAAAAAGAGCUAUUUGGGCGGCUCGGAGGCCGGCGGGAGAAAAUGGGAACAGAAGCAGGUGCAGAUAAAGACACUGGAGGGGGAGUUUUCUGUUACAAUGUGGGCAUCGGAUGAUCAUACAGACAUCGACCACGAGUCGGUGGUGGAGGAGCAGAUCGUCGGGGAGAGCUCCCCUCCGGACUACUCCGCCUACAUGACGGGGAAGAAGCUGCCCCCUGGCGGCAUCCCGGGGAUCGACCUGUCAGACCCCAAACAGCUGGCCGAGUUCGCCAGGAUGAAGCCCAGGAAAGUCAAAGAGGACGACGCUCCCCGGACGAUAGCGUGCCCCCAUAAAGGCUGCACGAAGAUGUUCCGGGAUAACUCGGCCAUGAGGAAGCACCUCCACACCCACGGGCCGCGCGUGCACGUCUGCGCCGAGUGCGGCAAGGCGUUCGUCGAGAGCUCCAAACUCAAACGUCACCAACUCGUUCACACGGGGGAGAAACCCUUCCAGUGCACCUUCGAAGGCUGCGGGAAGCGCUUCUCUCUGGACUUCAACCUGCGCACGCACGUUCGGAUCCACACCGGCGACCGGCCCUACGUCUGCCCGUUCGACGGCUGCAAUAAGAAGUUCGCCCAGUCGACCAACCUCAAGUCUCACAUCCUCACACACGCCAAAGCCAAAAAUAACCAAUGAGAAGCCCCCCGGGGGGAAAAAGAAGUAGAAGAAAAAAAGAAGAGGAUGGGGGGAAAAGCAUCCCAGAGGCACACUUGAAACCGGAAUGAAAAGCUCGAGACUUCUUGAUUUAUAUGGGAAAAAAAUCUGAUUUAAAAGACUUAAAAAACACUGAAAUCCAGCUGGUUUUCCUGCGUCCCCUUUUCUUCUGCCGUCACAUUGGAUGAAGAACACAGGGACUUUUGCCCAAAAGCCCCUCCCAACACCCCCCCCCCCCCCUCUCUCGUUUCUCCAGUGGCGCUCGGCUGCCAGAAGAUGGAACUCAUGGACAAACAUCAGAGACCUAUUUUUACCAGAGGAGCAGCAGCAGCAUAUUUAGUAUUUUUUAUUUCCCUCAGCUUUUAUUUUCCACAAGCGUGCAUAUUGUACACUUGUCUCAGGCUAUGUUUAGUGGACUUGUGAUUUAUCUUUUAUUUUUAUUCCCCCCCCCCCCUCUCGUGCAUUAUGAGCCCGCAUCGCUGAUGUUUCACACACACGCACACGUAUGAGAAGUUUAAAAACAGCUGUAUGUUUGCAUUUCCAUACCUCUCUUUGGUUGUAUUUUUCUCUAAUCACAAAGUAACCGUGUAUACUUGUAUUGUAUGGCUGUAUUGAAAUUUACGUAGACAUAGAUAGAGGUGUGAUUUAAAGUGUUAACCAAUUAAACUUUUAGUCAUGAGUUGCUUUCUAUUUUCUAUGAACAUGUCUUUACACAGAUGAGUAAAAAAAAAAAAUGUUACUCAAGAGUCUCGUUUAAAAAUAUCCGGAGCGUGCUUUGAAUCGACUGCGAGACCAUCACUUUUUGUUUUGUUAGAAUGUAAAAUGUACAGACGUCAACAUUAACUUUCUUUUGUUGGUAUUUACACACAUGUAUCUCAACUGCCCACAAUAAAAUGGCUCAUUUCAACCCUGUUAAAAUAUACCAAAAGAUUUUA